AAACCAGUCACGCACAAAUGGAAUCCCAAAAGAAGAGAACUGAAAGAGAAAUACUGGAAGAAAGCAGAAAAAUAGAGUUUUUGAUGUCCAGAAUUGCCAAAUUUAGCCUCUUUUAUGAGGCAUAUAGAGCGAUAGAUGAUAUGGGUGAUUUCGAGACUGAGAGUCAUCAUCAGGAAUGAAUUAAUAUUGGGUUUAACUCCUGAAGAGACUUUGAUCUAGUGAAGCUAUUGAUGCCCCUGGUGCAUUACAAUGUUAUGGUUAUUGAUUUUUAUAAUUGUUCUAAGAGAAAUAAGUGGAUUUUGAAAUUUCUUAGGAAUUCUUUUCCUAAUCAAGUUUAUAGAUUUGUUUUGGACUCGGCCAGUCCUUUUGGAGAUAGCAUUUCUUAUUAUUUUGGAGAUGUUAUAAGGAUCAGCUCGAAAAUACAAAAAGAAAUUUUACUCAAUAAAUUUUGAAUAAGUUUUAGUCAAUUUAAAAGACUUAUAACUGCUUAUAAGCAUCUGGAAUCAGUAAAAAUAACCUCUUGUAAAUUAUCAAUUCCAACAGUGGCAGACUUACAUUUGGCUCUCAAGAAUACUCAUAUUCAAGAACUAGAUCUCUAUUUUUGAGGAGCCCCAAAAUUAAGUAAUUGGAAAGACAACCCUCAAGAAUUCAAAAAUCUAAUCAAAGGACUUAGCACCUCAGAGCACCUCAAAACCUCCCUAUCAAAAUUAACCCUAAAAGGCUGCUACAUCCCUCACCACAAAGCCGAACACCUCCUGCUCAACACCGGCUUCAAUCCAAAAAUCCUCACUACAUAACCCC